AAUCAGUAUCUGCAUUACUAGACCUACAUCUUAAAUCACUUGAUUAUAUGGACAAUAUGGAUAGAAUUGCUGUUAAAAAUUUUCUUAGACAAUUAUAUGAUAACGAAAAAUCUGUGGAGAUAGAUCAAAAUAAAAAAGAGCUUGAUAAUAACAAUCAAAACUUAGAAAAACAAGUAUCCGAUGAAUUUAUGGUUACUGCAAAUCCACUAUAUAUACCAUACUUGUUAAAAUCAUUGGAAAAAGAGAAUUGCCCGAUAGAUGAUGAAAUUAAUGAAUACAUAAGACAACCUGAAAUAA